UAUCAAAGCAAGUAACAGUGUGGUUGUUGCAUUAACAUUUGAAUCUUUACGAGCAAGAGCUAUCACUUUCAAAUUAUGCCUCUAAAGUUUUAUAAAUCGUGAAAGGCCGAUUUUAAGGAGUCCACAAUAGGAUUAGAUAUUUCCACAUAAAAUUGCACGGAUGUCAGUUCUCAAAAUGAGGUUGUUGGUGGCUCUAACGACGCUUUUGGCCAUCUUUGGGUCCAUUGAAGCCUUUGUGGACCCCCAUUGUGACGGCAAACAAGUGGUAGUCCAUCUGUUCGAAUGGAAGUGGACCGAUGUGGCUUUGGAAUGCGAAAGGUUCCUAGCACCCGCCGGUUAUUGCGGGGUUCAGAUAUCCCCGCCCCAUGAGCAUGUAUUCCUUCCCGAGGACAAUUGCCCCUGGUGGCAAAGGUAUCAACUGGUGAGUUAUCAGCUCGAGUCUCGAUCUGGAACGCGGGAUCAGUUUGUGGACAUGGUCCAACGAUGUAAUGCAGUGGGCGUCAGGAUCUUUGCUGAUGUGAUUCUGAACCAUGCGGCUGGAAUGGGUCGGAAAGGUCCUGGGUUUGCGGGCACGGAUUUUGACACCACGGACGACAAGCAUGACUUCCCGGGCAUUCCAUAUUCUGACGAGAACUUCACUCCAAGGGAACUGUGCCCGUCGGAUAGUGGAUCCGUGGACAAUGAUGCUGUAGAGGACAAUGUCAGGAACUGUUAUUUGGUGGGCCUGUCCGAUCUUUAUGGGGCCCAGGAGUAUGUGCAAGAAAAGCAAGCCGAUUACCUCAAUGACAUGAUCGACAUUGGUGUGGCUGGAUUUCGAGUGGACGCUGCCAAGCACAUGUGGGCAGAGGAUAUUGCGGCCAUUCAAGCGCUUUUGAAGCCUCUAAACGUGGAACAAGGUUUUAAGGCGGGUUCACAGCCUUUCUUCAUGCAUGAGGUCAUUGACCGUGAUGAUGGCGUGGUCAGGGUUCAAGAGUAUUACGAUUUAGGCAUCGUCACCGAGUUCCGUUAUUCCCAAAAGAUGGCUUGGGCCUCAACAGGAGAUUGGGGACAAUUUGGAGGACUCUACGAUCCAGGAUGGGGUAUGAGUGACCCUGAGCAUGCCUUUGUUUUUGUGGACAACCACGACAAUCAACGAGGUCAUGGAGGAUCUGGCGACGUUGUUACAUUCAAAGAUGGCAAAUUGUACGCCUAUGCCGUUUCGGCCAUGUUAGCCUCUGAAUACGGCUUCACCCGAGUGAUGAGCAGCUAUGACUUUGACAACAGUGACCAAGGACCGCCCUCGUUGGACGAUUUUGUAACCUCUGAUGUCACAAUUAAUGAAGACGGAUCCUGUGGCGGAGGAUGGGUGUGCGAGCAUCGCUGGAAUGCCAUUGCCAAGAUGGUCCAAUUUCGGAAUGCCGUGGCUGGUGCUCCGCAAGAGCACUUCUGGUCCGAAGGGAAUUCCAUGGGCUUCUCACGAACUGGAAAGGGAUUUUUCGCCAUGAGUCAAGCAUCUGGGUUCAACACCUCAGUCAAAACUGGGCUUCCUGCUGGAAAUUAUUGCAACAUUAUUGACUCAUGUGCUUCUUCUGUAAUGGUAAAGAGUGACGGAUUGGCUGAUAUCUCCAUCACCAAUGACGAAGGCAUAAUAGCUAUCUGUGUUGGGUGUGAAGGAAGAAUUAUUGGCCUAAGACCAACAAUUACCAUUCGACAUGAUAUGCCCAAUCUAUCUCAGAACACGCAGCAUUCCGCUGUUACAGAAACCGGGACAGAAUAUUCAGAUAGCACCAAAGACUAUGCGGAUGACACCACAGGACCUGAUGGCACCACACAACCUGAUUACACCACACCCACUGAGAGCACCAGAUCCCCUGAGAGCACUACAUCCACUAAGGGUACCACAACCACUGAUGGCACCACAUCCACUGAGGUCGCCACAUCCACUGAGGACUCCACACGACCUGAUUACACCACACAACCUGAGGACUCCACACGACCUGAUUACACCACACCCACUUACACUGAUGGCACGACAGAUAUUUUAGGAGAAUGUUGCAGCAGAAUAGAAAUUGAAUCUUUUGGAGGCAUUGGAAGUGAACUGCCAGAGAUCCAAGGACAGUAUCACAUGAUAAGCAAUACCUCUUCAAUUGGACAACCUGAUUACUUGCAUGAAAGUGGAGCUUUCUAUCUGUACUACAGACACUACGGGGUUUUCUAUUUUAAGGGUUGGUUGAUUAGUUCAGAUCGGGACUCUUACGAAUGGAUCGCCCUAACCCAGGAACCUUUCACAAGAUGCGUUGAGGAUUUUCAAUUCGAUUGGGAGUACUUUUUGGAUUAUGAAUGGAUUAAGGACGCAUUUGUGGAUGUGACUUGUCUCGUCUAAUUAACGCAGCACUUUGAUUCUACUUCUCGCAACCUCAACUAAAUGCUCCUUUUCGGCUCUUUUUCUGUUAUUUUGCAUACUCAUAGUCAGUGGUGCCAGAUGUUUUGGUCUAAAUAUAGCCAGCGAAAACAUCAAACCGCCAA